UUGCCGCAGCCAUGAUUGAUCAGUGUCGAAUAAUGAUGUCAUCGUUUGGACUCCCAAGAUGACCGCGUCUGUUAAUGAUGCUACCGAAACCAUUGGCCUGCUGAACCUCGAUUUCACCGUCAUCGAUAUCGAUUCGGACAUUAUGUCGCUCGGCUCUGAAAAUUUAUUAGAAGUGAUGCCAGGUGCCAGCGCUGUGAAACGGAAAGGCAAUGACUCGGGGACGCAUUCAUCCAAUCACAACUCAGUGAAACACUCCAAUGGGGAUGCUCAUCAACGAAACAAUAUCUCUCAAAAAAAUAGUCAAGAGAAAGGAAAAAAUACGAAAAACAGUGCACUACUGAAGGAGAGGGCAUCACUCGUCCUAUGGAGGAAGCCCUUCAAAACCCUACAAUAUUUCUUCAAAGAAGUUUUUGUAUUAUUGUAUAGAUUAUCUGUUAACAUAUCUCAACAUCGAAUAGCGUUGUUCUCAACACUUCUAGUCGUAAUUGCCAUAGUUGUUCUAUCAAAUGUCAGCGGACCCCAUCAGGAUGUGUUAGGAAAAAUUAAAAUUCAGGCCUGGUGGUGUGUGUACUGGUUGGGACUUGGAGUGCUGUCUUCCAUAGGUUUGGGCACAGGUCUUCACACAUUUGUACUGUACCUAGGGCCUCAUAUAGCUGCCGUCACUCUAGCCGCCUAUGAAUGUGGCUCCUUGAAUUUUCCAGAGCCUCCUUAUCCUGAUAAAAUCGUUUGUGCAGCCUCUGUAGAUCCAUCAUGGAGUGUAACUGUAUGGAACAUCCUGCGGAAGGUGAGAGUUGAAGCCAUGAUGUGGGGAGCUGGCACAGCCCUCGGAGAACUGCCGCCAUAUUUCAUGGCGAGAGCUGCCCGGUUAUCAGGCUCUAACUCAGAUGAUGAGUUCCAAGAGCUAGAAGCAUUAGAGAAAGCCCAAAAAAAGAACAAACCACUUUCAAGAAUAGACCGCCUAAAAUUGUAUACGGAAAAGCUGGUCAAAAAGGCGGGAUUCUUUGGGAUUCUUGCAUGUGCUUCGAUACCAAACCCAUUAUUUGAUCUGGCUGGAAUCACCUGUGGACAUUUCUUGAUCCCCUUUUGGACGUUUUUCGGGGCCACCCUCAUCGGAAAAGCCAUAAUCAAGAUGUCGAUUCAGACUGUUUUUGUAAUCAUAGCAUUUAAUGAGACUCUAAUAGACAGGUUUAUUAGUUUCAUUGCAAAAGUUCCUGUUAUCAGCGAGUAUCUGACGUUGAUUCUCACCCAGUUUCUCUCAGAACAGAAAGAAAAGUUCCAUGGUGGCUCUAAGUCGAAAGUCGAGAGCAAAAGUAUCCUAGCAGUAGGUCUCGAAAUGGUUGUGGUCACAAUGGUGAUAUUCUUCUUGGUCUCCAUAAUAAACUCUCUAGCACAGGAUCAUCACAAGCGGAUCCACAAAAGCCCUUCGGGAAAACGGAAAUCUAAAGAUUGACGACUACAUGGUUGACGCAACGUUCUUCAUAAGUUUUAUACGUGAUAUUUUGUUUCAGCCUGUGUUAAAAGUAAGUUGUUUCUUUCGGGGUCAGAGUUAAAUAUCUUACCGUAAAUUGUGGUUCCAAGGAAGGAAUCAUCUGGUCGGUUGCGGUAAAUGAUUUCUUGCCAAAACGUGAAUUGUUGAUGAAAUUUAUUUCCGUCUAAACCGAUUCAUACACAUCUUGAUGAUGUUUGCUCUGGGAGGGAUUUUAAUUUAGUCUGGAUUUUUUACGGUAUUUAAUCAUUGGAUUUGCCCCUAUUUUGAAAAUUGUCUGCAAUCAGAGUGAGGAUUUCACUUAUUGUAUAAUGUAUCAAUGUAUUUUUUGUAUUGCCCAUGGUCAGGGUCUCUUUGGGAUCAUCUGAUCAGAUUUUUUCCUGUUUUUUUCUUUCCUUCAAAAGUAAGCUUGCCAAUUUUUGCUCGUGAGAUCCAUCAGCAUUUAAGUCAAACUGUAGCCGAGUCUGAAGACAGUCUAUCUAGUUAAUAAUGUCUUUUAUGAUGAGACUCAAUGAAGCUAAGGCAAAAUGAAGUGCCGCUAUUAUUGUGGCUUUAUAGGGUAAAAUGACUGUAAGCGAUUGUCACUUUUUGUCAUAUUCAGCAGUCAAUCAUAACAGCAACCCAGAAAAUGCACGAUAAGGUAAUCACUGGGUUAAAGCGACUUAUGAGACCACUUCCUUUUCAGCUCACUAUUAGUGCAUCCCAUGGGCAAAGCAAAAUUUCAGUACUCAGCCCUGGCUGACUGGGUGGUAUAUCUUUUUUUUCAGUUUUGAUUGUAUAAUCCCUCAUUGUUUCUUCGUUUUUUGUUUUCCCUUUUUUCAGUUGUUAUUUUCUUGUACAGACUGUUUAAAAAAUGUUGUGAUGAAUGUAUGAAUGAAGUGAUACAAAAUCUCAAUGCAAAACUUAACAGGAGUUAACUCCUUGCAUCGAUCUUAAAGAGAAAAAUAUGUACCUAUUGUUGCUGUUUUGGCUUGUUCUCAUAAGUUUUUUUUUCCAAAGAUAAGAAUCUUCUCUACCCUGCUAUACUGAAAUAUUAAUUUUCCUCCUCAAAAGAAAGCUGAAAAUUCUGUCGUCAAGCUACGAAAACCAAUGAUUUUCUAUUGCUUUAGGAAACAAGAUUUUUUAAUAGUUUUCCACUACCUUCUUGUAUAAAAAUCGGUGAGCAUUUCUGCUUAUGCUGUCUUUUAAGUUGCAUACAGAAAGACAUAUAUGUGAUUUGAAUGCAAAAGCAUUUUAAAUUUGACAAAAUUGGAUCUAAUUGAUUUGGUAUUUCAACUUUCAGUAUUCAUUUUUUUGGCCUAUUGUAGGUGCUUUUUCGUAAUUUUUUCUUCUUUCUCAAUAUGAUGGACUUAUCUCUCAUUCUAAAAAUACAGUCAUUCAAAUAUUGUGAAAAGCAGAAUUGAAAGGUUACUUCAAUCGUAAAUAAUUGAAAUGAGUCUGCAGCUAUAAAUUUAUGAAAGAGCCUUAUUUACUUAAUUGAAAUAUAUCUUAAGCCAAAAUGAAGCUUUUCUACUCUUUUAGUUUUCAAUGUCAGUGAUAACAAAAAAAAUAUGCGUACGGAGAAAGAACUUGUUUUCAAAAUUUCCCUUACCCGUACCUAUUCUGCUGUGCUAAGGAAGAACGUCUUAUGACCCUUCAAACAUGGCCAAAUUUCCUUUGAUAAAAUAGAAAUACAAAUUGCCAGUAAAACCUGCGACUAUUUUUCUUUUGAUUUCUUUCACUAUCAGAUCUGCAUUAUAUGAGAAUAGAAAGAGAAAAUAUCUGUAACUCUCCUCAAAAAUUAACACUUUUUUACAGAAAAUGUGGCCACUCUCAAACGUUAAUCAGGCGUUUUACCCGAGCUAUGUGGCUCUAACAGGCUGAUUAUUGAAAUUGAUGGACAAAGCAUUGGACAAAGACAACGUAGGGAGUAUGUAGCGAUCCUAUUGGCUGAAAUGGGUAGUUCCUGUAGACUAAAGGAGAACAUGAUGGACUAACUAUAGGGGCUUUCAAAGGGGUUGCUGCUAGUUAGUCUGUCACCUACCUCCUUCGUCCAUUGCAACCACCUGCUUCCACCAUUAUGAUAGCUCCAAAUCUCUUUUGCCUCCUUUGUCUAUAGCUUUGCAUAUCAAUUUCAAGAAUCGACCUGCAGACUCACUUUCAUUCUCCACCUGUGACCUCCUGUAAAUGGUUUUUGCAUUUUGUAUGUUAAGCUUUGUGUGGGUGUAUAUAAUAUUCAUAAGUAUUGUCGUUUUUUACGUGUCCAAACAUGAAUCAAAUUGUGAUUAUUCUAUAUGUUGGUUAACCUGACUCACUGGAAAUCAGGCCUUAUUUUGUACUCUUAGUUCCAAUCCAAAGUAAUCAUACCUCCAUGAUCUAAGAUAUCUAAAUGCGUCGUCGGCACUCUUCUAUCAAAUGUAAAGAAAGACAAAAUUGAGAAAGUUUGUUUCUUUUAUUUUGUUUUGCCAUUAAGUCUGGCUUAUUGCUUUUGCCAUGACGCGAAUUUCAUUGAAAAUAAAUGGAUAAAAAACAAA